AUGUGGUGUCCAAAUGAGCGGGUCAAAGCCCCGCAGACAACAUACGAGAGAGCGUUUCACGACAAAGGGGCGGCGUCUCCAGCAUCGAUACGCUGGCUGGGUCGCACAAGCUAAGUGCUGGGGAAGCAUAUUCAUCACCCUUUAUGUGGACACGGUGGAGAGAGGUGGAUUGCCGGGGCGCCUGUUGACGGUUAUGACACGAAAACGCAAACAGUAUACCACUAUCAAGGCAGCUACUGGCAUGGAUGUGUCCACUGUUUCCUGAAUGAUAGACAAAAAAUCGUAAAUAACGGCAAAACAAGAGAUGAGGCAUUCUUUGCAACAGCGGAACGUACAAGACCUCUCCGCGAAGCAGGUUACCGCGUGAUCAAGAAAUGGGAGUGUCAAGACAAAAAAACGCGAGACCCCCACCAAAACAAGAAACAAGACGUACCCCACCCAAUUUUGUACGAUUUCGAAUCGUACCACGACAAAACGCAGCCGAACGAGGCGACGCGCGACCUUAUCUACGAAAACGCACAGAUGCCAAUUUCGGUGAGCCUUGGCGACACGUUGGACCGCGAGCCACCGAGCAUCUGCGACCCCAACCCCAAAGAGCUGACACUUCGCAGAGCUGUUCGCCGACACAACAGCCAAAGUGCAGAUAGGAAAAAAAAGCGAACACGACGAUGUUUAUGA